AUGGCUAAUGAGUACUUUGCCUUUAAGACGAUAUACUGUGGCUUCAUUAGCACCCGACACGAACCAUCAAAUCAGAACGGCGUUCAUGACUACUUGGUCCAACGCGUUCGGUCCAAACCGAAGGCUCCAGCCCUGGUUGAGGGUGAUCUGACCAAAUUUACAAUCACGACCAAGAGAAUGCGCAUCAUCCCGGCGAAUUUAAUAACCGGCUACAUCGCAUUGGACAAUACCAUGAACUCUGUAGCAGUUCUCAUGGCUGACUAUAACUUCCACCCUCCAGGAUACCGCAUGUUCGCAUUUGAGUCAGUUGCCCAACAGGACGCCUUUGUUGCCUAUUUGGACAAAAUUCUGGACCAAACACUUGCCUUCUUGCGAAGUCAACCAGAUGUGGUGCAUGAGACUAUCACUAUGGAGAAACUGCGGAUCGAUGAGACCAACCGACAGCAAAGCAACAUGCGGCAGGAGGAAGAACCAAAUGGAAUAAUUGGUGAGCUUCCGAGGGUUCGUCCCAGGUUGACCCUCUAUAAUCCAAGACAUAAGCGCAACUCUCGACUCAGUAUAGCCUCCAGCGUGUCGCAAAUUGAACUCUGUAACACGAGGGACCGACCACCAAGACGGGAAUACUAUUAUUAUCGACCCCUCUGA